ACACACACACACAGAGGUCUUGCAGUGACAGCAGACGGGCACUCCUCGUUCUGUGUCCAGCUGCUGGACAGGCAAAAGCGGGGCUUUUUCACCGGAAAUCCAGCCUUUUGUGGCUGUCACGGUUUUACAGCUGGGGUUUGGUCCAGUAUGGCUGCAGACGGAUGGAAAUACUGAUGACAGUCCGAAAGAUCGCCUCGAUAUGUACGAUGGGCGCCAAUGCCUCAGCUUUGGAGAAGGAGAUUGGACCAGAACAGUUCCCUGUAAAUGAACACUACUUUGGUCUGGUUAAUUUUGGCAACACCUGCUACUGUAACUCAGUGCUGCAGGCUCUGUAUUUCUGCCGGCCGUUCAGGGAGAAAGUACUGGCCUACAAGGUGCAGCCACGGCGCAAAGAGAGCCUGCUCACUUGCCUGGCAGAUCUCUUCAACAGCAUCACUACACAGAAGAAGAAAGUGGGAGUCAUUCCCCCGAAGAAGUUCAUCUCACGCCUGAGGAAGGAAAAUGAGUUGUUUGACAACUACAUGCAGCAAGAUGCUCACGAGUUCCUCAACUACCUGCUCAACACCAUCGCCGACCUGCUGCAGGAGGAGAAGAGCCAGGAGCGGCAGCAGAACGGCAAGGUGGUGCAGAAUGGAGGAGGAGGAAGUGGGAGCAGCACAGGAGAGGCAGAAUCAGCCGAGAAGAACCAGCAGACGUGGGUGCACGAGAUCUUCCAGGGCACACUGACCAACGAGACACGCUGCCUCAACUGUGAAGCGGUAAGCAGCAAAGACGAGGAUUUCUUGGAUCUCUCUGUAGAUGUGGAACAGAACACAUCCAUCACGCACUGUCUCAGGGGCUUCAGUAACACAGAGACAUUAUGUAGUGAAUACAAGUACUACUGUGAGCAGUGUCGGAGUAAGCAGGAGGCACAGAAAAGGAUGCGUGUGAAGAAAUUACCCAUGAUCCUCGCCCUGCACCUAAAGCGCUUUAAGUAUAUGGACCAGCUGCAUCGCUACACCAAACUGUCCUACCGUGUGGUCUUCCCUCUGGAGCUGAGGCUCUUCAAUACUUCUGGUGACGCCACCAACCCUGACCGUCUCUAUGACCUUGUGGCUGUGGUAGUGCACUGUGGGAGUGGUCCAAAUCGUGGUCAUUACAUCACUAUAGUGAAAAGUCAUGGCUUCUGGUUGCUGUUUGAUGAUGAUAUUGUAGAGAAAAUAGAUGCCCAGGCAAUAGAGGAGUUCUAUGGGCUGACGUCUGACAUUUCCAAAAACUCUGAGUCAGGCUACAUCCUCUUUUACCAGUCCAGAGACUGAGCCAAUGACAGUGUGCGAAUGGGACCGCUUUGGCUUUGUGAAAGUCAGGCUGAGGCAGAAGGCAGGGCUUGGGCUACGUACGCCCCCACUUCAGACCCUCUCAGCCGAGCCCCGAGUCAUCCAGGUGAGCCUUUGCACUGGAGCAGCCAGCAAACAGAAGGCAGGAGCAGUUGAUUCCAGAGCAAUGAGAGUGGCACGGUCAUCUCCAUACAGGCCUAAGGGAAGUUUGGAGGUUUUCAAUCAUCAGUCAUCCCAACAGAGAGACACACACACACACACUCUCUCUCCAUCAGUCAGCUGAGUCACAAAGAAAAAAAAAAAAAGACCUAUAGAUGGGCACAAAGGUUACGGUUUGUGUGAAACCAGUGAUCUGGGGAGUUCUGAUGUUUUGGCAUUCAUUUUCUGCAUGACACUUUGCUUUAUGCUUUGUCAUGGAAGUGUGCACUGUAAAAGCUAAUGUUAAUUUUGCACAGAGCAGAUUAUGAUAAAUGUAAUCACCUGUAAACAUCUUGAAAAGGUCGGAGACGCUUUCUUUCACUAGACCUUUAUCUGCUGUGAAAACACGCCAUACUGUUUGCCUACGUGUUAUUCUCUUAUAACUAGAGUAGGUUUCAUGAUAUCCUAUUAUAUGUGGCAAUAACAACAUGAUACACCUCUGCUCUGUCUCAGUGACACGGUUUGGCUGGUUUGAAGUCAUAUUUUACUGUGUUUUUCUUUGGAAAGACGUAAGCAAUCAUUCGCAGGAAGUUCUUUGGGAAAGAAGCCUGUAGGUUGCCAGCGCUGUGGAACAGAGAGGAUCAUUGGUACGGGCACAGUUCCGGUUCUGUUGUUUAGUAAUAAGGUUGGUUUGGGAUUGAGCCCUUUACGUUCAGACAAGCGAAUGCAGUGCUUUGAUUAUCACGGAGUGCGCACUUGGUGGAACAUACACUACGGCAGUGUGCACUUUGUAAUAUAUAAAACCUGGAUUUAGUAAUGGCACACUUGGAUAUGAAAGGAGCACUCGAUUAUUUAUUGCUGUACUGCAGAAGGGUCCUGUAUUUGACAUUUCAUUUCCGUGAGAGAGGUUUUUUUUUUUGUUUUUUUUUUCCCCCCACACACACAAAGGAUCCAGACUUCGCUUGUAAAGAUCUGGGUAAUUCAUGGCUUUAAAUGAGUGGCUAUAAUCUUGUACUCAUUAUCUCCAAGUCACUGUUUUCUCCUUCUCUUUGUACUCAGUAAAUAUUUAACCGGCUGUCUGUGGAGAAAGGAAGGGAAGGGAAGUGAGGCAAAGCAUCGCGGGUCAUUUGUUAUGGUGCGACCAGAAAGCCGUUCCCAGAGCAGUCAAACAAAAUAAUGUUCUGAAAACACAAAAGUGAAGAAUUCUGGAUCGUCAGAAUAGCAAAAAUUCCCACAACAAACAAGCCACGUCUGGAUUUCACAAAAACGUCGAAGUGCAAAGAACAGCGUAGUCACGUGACAAUACGAGUUGUGUUUAAUGUUCAUGUGCAUUUGUAGUAAUCCCAGUCUGAGAUCACUGUAGCGUAGUUGGCCUACGUUUGGUAAAUGUAACCCCUAGGUGUUGUGGCCUUUUUUUUUUUUUUAAUUUUUUGGCAGCUUUGCUAGUAAACAUGUUCAGUCACUGACAUUAAUGGGGUGUCGGAGGUGAGUGCUGUCCCAUUCUGCUGGUUCCCAGCUGAUUAAUUGGCUCCAUGAGCCGACCUGAGGCUUAUAAACACGUCUACAGGAACAUGCACAUACCGGACUUUUUAAGAGUUGUUAAUUUUCCACUGAUUAAGAAAGGCACAAAUGCAGCUUGUUAAUGUUUUCAUUGACUUCCCCAGUUAUGUGAAUGUUCCCUGCACAUUAAUAUUAGCUUGGUGUGCCUUUUCACUGAGAUGUGGGCUCCAGGAGAAUUUCAAUGAACACAGUUGUUUCUCAUUGCAGGUUUUUUUUUUUUUUAAGACUACUUAUCUGUGAGGGGUUUAAAGGAACAGUC